AUGCCUAGGAAGCAGAAGAAGCAAACCGAGGAUAUCGAGGACCUCAUAGAUGAGGAGCCGCCCAAAUCCAUCGAUCCGUACGAUGUUUUGGGCGUUGCUAAAGAUGCAACACCCGACCACAUCAAGAGCGCAUACCGCAAAGCUGCCCUGAAGCAUCAUCCAGACAAGGCCGAGGACAAGCAGGCCGCGCACACAAAGUUCCAGGAAAUAGCUUUCGCUUACGCUAUUCUCUCCGAUCCUCGUCGUCGCUCACGCUACGAUACCACCGGUCGCACCGAAGAAACCGUCGACCUGGAGGAUGACGACUUCAACUGGGUCCAAUACUACAAGGAGCAGUUCGAGGGCAUAGUGACGGCCGAGGCCAUUGAGAAGUUCAAGAACGAGUACAAAGGCGGUGAUGAGGAGAGGAAUGACCUCAUCGAUGCCUACAACAAGUUCAAGGGCAAUAUGAACAAAAUCUACGAAGUUGUCAUGCUCAGCAACCCGCUCGAGGAUGAAGAUCGCUUCCGAGAUAUCCUUGACGCCGCCAUCGCAGAUGGAACCGUGCCUGCCCUCAAGAAGUACACCGAGGAGUCGGAGAAGAGCCGUCGGGACAGGAUUAAGAAGGCAAAGAAAGAGGCCGAAGAAGCUGACGAUGCUGCAAAGGAAAUGGCGGGCCCCAAAAAGAAGCAGAAGAAGGCACAGGGCGGCGAUCUGGGCGACCUCGCAGCUCUGAUCCAGCAGCGUCAGAAAGGUCGCUCCGAAUCCUUCUUCGACCAGCUAGAGGCAAAGUAUGCACCUGAUUCCAAAAAGGGCAAGAAGCGAGCCCCGCCGUUGGACGAGCCACCCGAGGAAGCGUUCCAGCGGACGGCUUCUCGGGCCAAGAAGGGCAAGAAAUGA